AUCUCAUCUCAUCAGGCUUCCGCCAUUCCCAUCUCCAUCCUCAACCUCCAUCCUUCAUCGCUCAUAGAAGCAAGUCACUGGGGGAUUCAUCAAACAUCGUCAUUACUGAGUACUCGGUCGCCCGGCCGCAGAACACUCUUAUAGCAUCACCCCAACUCUCACAGUGGAGCACGCCGGCUCGGCAACGUCAGUCAACGGACCCAGUCCCGUCUCCAAACUGGUGCUUCAUUCUUUGAACGCUUUUGAUUCCUGUUAUCUUGUGGGAUUGACUCUGUUCACUUUACCGGCAUCAUGAAAGCUCUUACAGCGACCUUGUUGGUCGGCACUGCCUUGGCUGCUGUACCUCCACAGCAGCCGAUCCAAGUCCCAACCGAAGAUAGCGCUUGGGCUAAGCCCCUCGAGAACCUGAAGGACACCUUCAAGACCCUCGGCAACGACGCAAAACAGGCGUGGAAUGAGCUUGCGUCUGCAUUUCCAGAUGCUAUUAACGAGUACACCCUCUUCUCUGCCCCCAAGAAACACACUCGUCGACCGGACACCCAUUGGGACCAUAUCGUCCGCGGAUCGGACGUUCAAAGUAUCUGGGUGGAAGGCGCCGACGGCCAGAAACGUCGAGAAGUUGACGGCAAACUAGAGAAAUAUGAUCUGAGAGUCAAGGCUGUGGAUCCAUCAAAGCUGGGAAUCGAUAAAGUGAAGCAGUAUAGCGGUUAUCUGGAUGACAAGGAAAACGAUAAGCAUUUGUUCUACUGGUUCUUUGAAUCUCGCAACGACCCCAAGAAUGAUCCUGUUGUGUUAUGGUUGAACGGUGGCCCAGGCUGUUCAUCAUUAACUGGCUUGUUCUUGGAGCUUGGCCCCGCGAGUAUCGAUAAGAACCUUAAGGUUGUGCACAACCCUUACUCAUGGAACUCUAACGCAUCCGUCAUCUUCUUGGAUCAACCCGUCAAUGUUGGCUUUUCAUAUAGCGGUGGAUCCGUUAGUGACACUAUCGCCGCAGGGAAGGAUGUCUACGCUCUUCUGACUCUUUUCUUCAAACAAUUCCCGCAAUACGCCACACAGGAUUUCCACAUUGCAGGUGAAUCCUACGCAGGACAUUACAUUCCAGUUUUCGCGUCAGAGAUUCUCUCCCAUAAGAACCGAAACAUAAACCUCCAGUCGGUGCUCAUUGGCAAUGGCUUGACUGACCCGCUCACGCAAUACCCACACUACAGACCCAUGGCCUGUGGCGAAGGUGGCUACCCUGCUGUUUUGGAUGAAUCCACCUGCCGCUCCAUGGAUAACUCGCUUCCUCGCUGCCUGUCUAUGAUCGAAUCCUGCUAUAGCAGUGAGAGUGCCUGGUUGUGUGUGCCAGCUUCGAUCUACUGCAAUAACGCGAUGAUUGGCCCAUACCAGCGCACCGGUCAGAACCCAUAUGAUGUCCGUGCCAAAUGCGAGGAUGGCGGCUCUCUUUGCUACAGUCAACUCGGCUACAUCACGGAGUGGCUCAACCAGAAAUCUGUCAUGGAUGCUCUCGGCGUGGAAGUAAGCAGCUACGAUUCCUGCAACAUGGAUAUCAACCGCAACUUCCUCUUCCAUGGUGACUGGAUGAAACCAUUCCACCGUGUCGUUCCUGGACUCAUUGACCAAAUUCGCGUCCUCAUCUACGCUGGCGAUGCCGAUUUCAUCUGCAACUGGCUCGGAAACCAGGCAUGGACCGAUGCCCUUGAAUGGAGUGGCCGCGAGAAGUUCGCCAAAGCCGAGCUUAAGGAUCUGACUAUCGUCGAUAACGAGAACAAGGGCAAGAAUAUUGGAAAGGUCAAGUCAUACGGUAACUUCACCUUCAUGAGACUCUUCGGUGGUGGACACAUGGUUCCACUUGAUCAGCCAGAAGCAAGCCUUGAAUUCUUCAACCGCUGGCUGGGUGGUGAAUGGUGAGCUUGAAAGGAUAAAGCAUUUCCCGGUACCAACGACGCCCACCUACUCCUUUCUUCGACUUGUCCCUAUGCUACGAUAAUGUGUAGACACACAUGGUUUGCGUUUCCUUCUGCGUUUGCUUUAGAAUGAAGAUCGACCUCAGAAGGUCUGAGACACAUGGCUUAUUACAUAGGCGAAUUUGUGGUUUUAAGUAUAUCAUGAGGUGAUGGAACACUGGUUACUAUACAUAUCCAGUAGCAUAAUGCUUUAGAUUUCCAUUACUGUUAAACCAACAUCCGUACAUUGAUGC